CAGAUGACGGCUGUUAGAAAUACAUUUGCCAAAAUAUUAACAAACGAUUUGUCAACUUAAAUAUCCUUUUCGAUUAUUCUAUCAAAGAGUCAACAUGGCUCCGAGGUUUGAAAUCGCUGUUGGUCUUAAGAAAGGCCACAAAACAACAAAGAUUUCCGGUGGAAAGAAAGGAAUUACAGACAAAGCAAUUAGAAUAAGACCUGCUAGGCUGAAGGGUCUCCAGACUAAGCACUCCAAAUUUGUAAGGGAUUUGGUACGUGAAGUGGUUGGUCAUGCUCCUUAUGAAAAGAGAGUAAUGGAAUUGCUUAAGGUUUCAAAAGAUAAGCGGGCUCUUAAGUUCUUAAAGAGACGCCUAGGCACGCACAUCCGCGCCAAGAGGAAGCGUGAAGAGAUGAGCAACGUUCUUGUACAAAUGAGGAAGGCGGCCCACCAUGCUCAUUAAUAAAUAAUAAUAUGUUU